AUGGAAGGAAGACGGCUACACUAUCUCAUCCCAGCAGACUUGGAUCAGAGCAACUCUCGUGAUGAGUCGCUGCGCGCCUAUAAGCUCAAGAUGGAGGCGCAGCUGCAAUCUGACGGUGCACUCUCCUUUCCUUCGGCGGAGAUUUCUCAACUCUUACUCCAAGCCUAUUUUGCAUGGUUUCAUCCGUGCUUUCCCAUACUUAAUCGUGCAGAGCUGGAUCGGGCCUACGUAAAUGGCAACUUGUCUCCUCUCCUGCUACAGGCCAUUCUGUUCAUCGGAGUGAGUCUAUGUACAGACGCAGCAUUUGCACGAACCGAGUUUGAGACACGGUAUCGCGCAAAGUUGUUAUUCUAUAGUCGGGCCAGAGCAAUCUAUGAUGCCGAUUGGGAGACGAACAAGAUGGUUAAGUUGCAAUCCUUGUUCCUCCUCAGCUUCUGGCGAGAGGAGAAGGCGUGGAGACAGAUCUGGUGGGCUCUAUAUAUUCGCGAUCAACAAAGUGCCGCAGCGCUUGGGCUACUGCCCCGUAUUCGAGAUAAGGAUUGCGAUGUCACUAUGCUAAGCACAGACGAUGUGAGGGACGAUAAACCUAUCGCAGAUGACUGUGUCAUUGGAACCCAAAGUGCAGAAUAUCUUCACUAUCCGGUCGAGAUGGCCAAACUGGCGCGUAUAUUGCGUAAGAUUGUGUCCACAUAA